GGAAUAGUAAUUGGAUCUUCAAUCGAAUCAUAUCAUAUACAUUUUAAUAUUACGAUCAAAUACGUAGGAAUUAAAAAAAAUCUCAAAAAAAAAACGUAAGCAUGAAUUAUAAUAAUCAUACAGUGUAUGAUUUCGUGUGUAUUUAAAGCGAGUGGCAUGGUAACACACAACUCCCCCCUCCUCUAGCAACAAUCUAAUCACAUUAGAAAAAAACUUUCCUUUUUUUGUAAUCGAAAUCCUUUUCUUUCUUUGAUAAUAUUUGGAAAAAAAUAGUACGUAUGUUGCUUGGGAAUCGACGACAGCCACACAUGCAGAGAACACGAAGCAUAACGAGGAUCACCAUCGAGAUUGAUGAUACUCACACCGCCGGUCAAGAUUCUGACGUGGCUAUGGCGGUGGUAGACGGCGGAUAUAACUACGACCACCGGUUCUUGGCGAUGUUUUCGCCGAGAAAUCACAGAAGGAACGAGAGAAAAGACGGUGGGAAAUCAUCGUUGCCGUCGUCGUCUUUUCUUGGAAGCUGUGGAUUUUGCAAACGCCGUUUAACUCCCGGUCAUGAUAUCUACAUGUACAAAGGAGAUGCAGCGUUUUGUAGCGUUGAAUGCAGAGAACAACAAAUGGAGCACGACGAAGGCAAAGCCAGAAACUGCGACGUACUAUCACCAUCAAAUUAAGUAGUUCUUAUUCUUAAAGUUUUAAGCUUGUGUGUAACUUGAGAUUGUCGCCCUUAAUUGUUAAUUAGCACCGUUAUGUAAAAAGUUUGUUCUAAAAAAUUUGGAAUGAAAACAUAUUUCCUGUCC